UGACAAAGAGGUGAAGCACCCAAACAAACCAAACCAACCCGACCUUCAGCUUCUCCCGCACCUCCACCACCCCAAACUACUUCUCGCAUCACCACGUCCACCUCGUGUCGCAGCUCUCUCAACGACCCCCCCUGCGAGAUCUCACGAUGGCGGCCGACAUUGGUCACAUUGCUCAGCUGCUCAACGCGACCCUCGACCCCACGCAGCACCGCAAAGCCGAGACCGCCCUCAAGCAGGAAGCAGUCAAGCCUCACUACUCACUCAGCCUGCUCAACAUUGUCAACUCCGAAUCCCUACCCCUCAAUACCCGCCUUGCCGCCGCACUCGCCUUCAAAAACUUCAUCCGAUUCAACUAUGUGGACGAAGAGGGCAACUACAAACUGCCGCCAGAUGAGGUCGGCACCAUCAAGGAGCGCCUCAUCGGCCUCAUGAUCUCAUCGCCACCCACCGUCCAGAGCCAGCUUGGUGAGGCUAUCAGCAUCAUUGCGGAUUCGGACUUUUGGCGAAGGUGGGACACACUCACGCAGGAACUCGUCAGCCGUUUCUCCAACACCGACCCCAAAAUCAACAUUGGUGUGCUCGAGGUAGCGCACUCCAUCUUCGCUCGAUGGCGGCCGCUCCUGAGAACCGACGAGCUGUACACGGAGAUCAACCACGUCAUCAACACGUUUGGACAACCAUUUGUUCAGCUCCUCGUGACCACAAACGACAUAAUCGACCAAAACACAAACAACAAGGACGUGCUCCAGGGCUGGUUCGAGGUCCUCGAUCUCCAGAUCAAAAUCAUGUACGAUAUGUCGUGUCACGAUAUCCCGCCCAUCUUCGACGAGAAUCUCAAAAGCAUCGCCACGCUUCUGCACAAGUAUCUCGACUACACAAACCCCGUCUUGCAAACGGACGAUGAUACCGAGGCGAGCAUAGCCGACACCGUCAAGGCUGAUAUAUGUGAACUGCUCGAGCUGUUCACGACCAAGUACGACGAGGACUGGGCAAAGUACUGCGAACCAUUCAUCACGAGUGCCUGGAAUCUACUGUCCACGAUUGGCCAGGAAACCAAAUACGACACGGUCGUCAGCAAGGCCCUCCACUUCCUCACCGCCGUUGCCUCGAAUCCGAAGCACUCUAGCAUGUUCAACGACGAGAACGUCCUCACACAGAUCGUGGAGAAGGUCAUCCUGCCCAAUGUCGCACUUAGAGAGUCUGAUCUGGAGAUGUUUGAGGACGAGCCGAUCGAGUUCAUCCGUCGCGACCUGGAAGGCUCAGACACAGAUUCGCGGAGAAGGUCUGCGACCGACUUCCUCCGCAAGCUUCAAGAAAACUUUGAGUCGUUGGUGACCAGCACUGUCACGAGGUACAUCACCCACUACCUGACUCUGGGCAAGUCGGACUGGAAGGCGAAAGACACGGCAGUCUACCUCUACUUGUCCAUCGCGGCAAAGGGAGCCGUGACGGCCGCCCAGGGUGUCAAGACUGUCAACCCGUUGGUCAAUGUUGUCGAGUUCUUUGAGCAGAAUAUCGCUGCCGAUCUGAUGGGCGGCGAGAGCGUCUCGCCCAUCUCGAGGGUCGAUGCGAUCAAGUACCUCUACACGUUCCGGAGCCAGCUGUCCAAGGAGCAGUGGAAGCUCGCGCUGGGCCCGCUGGUCCAGAACCUCAACUCGUCCAACUACGUUGUGUACACGUACGCUGCCAUUGCGGUGGAACGCGUACUCUUCUUGGCCGAUGACGCCGGCAACCAAAUGUUCCCCCGCGUCGACAUUGAGCCAUUCGCCAAGGACCUGCUGACGCAUCUUUUCAAGCUGAUUGAGAAGGAGACGAGUCCUGCCAAGCUACAGGAGAAUGAGUUCUUGAUGCGCUGCGUGAUGCGUAUCCUGAUCGUCAUCAAGGAUGGUGCUACGCCUGUCCUGGAGAAUGUCUUGACCCAUCUCAUCCUCAUCACCAAUGUGAUGAAGCAGAACCCGAGCAACCCGAGGUUUUACUACUACCAUUUCGAGGCGAUGGGCGCUCUCGUGCGGUAUUGCUCAGGCACAAGCGCUGCUCUCUUUAACCAAAAACUGUGGGAGCCAUUCAACAAGAUCCUGGCGGAGGACGUUUCCGAGUUCUUGCCUUACAUUUUUCAAAUUUUGGCCCAGUUCCUUGAAUCCUGCCCCUCGCAGGAUGUGUCGGACGAGUACAAAGUCCUCCUCGGUCCUCUUCUUGCGGCGCCUCUGUGGGAGGUCCGCGGCAACGUCCCUGCCUGCACCCGCCUGUUGUCGGCGGUCAUUCCCAAGGCCGCCAAGGUCAUUGUUGCAGAGAACCAGCUAGAGCCGGUGCUGGGUAUUUUCCAGAAGCUGCUGAGCAGCAAGAAGUCGGAGCUCAUGUCGUUCGAUGUCCUGGAUGCGAUUAUCCACUCUUUUGAGCCGGCAACCAUCGACCAGUACUUUGGAACGAUCGUGCAACUGCUCUACACGAAGCUGCAGGGAUCACCUCCAGAGACGUUCAAGAUCCGCUUCGCGCGUUUCUACCACCUUGUCGGCGCCAGGCUUGAGGCUGGCUAUGGAGCGGAUUACUUCAUCAAGAAGUCGGACCAGCUUGACGAGAGAGCAUUUUCUCAGGUCUACCCGCCCUUCGUGCUGGCCGAGACGGAGAAGCUUGCCAAGCCAGUGGAUCGCAAGACAGCCGUGGUGUCUCUGACGAAGACGCUGUGCGACUCGCAAGUGUUUGCCCAGAAGUUCAUGAAGGGCUGGGCCAACAGCUGCCGCAUCCUGCUGUCCCUGCUGGCGAACCCUCCGGCCGUCUCCGGCGGACUUGGCGAUGAGAUCAUCACCGAGGCAUCGGUCGACGAUAUUGGCUUUGGCAUGACCUUUACUGCGUUGAACACAUGCAGGCCUGUGGUGCAGGACGACUUCCCAGAAGUUGUCGACGUGACCAAAUGGGUCAAGGACUACAUGGUGGCGGCCAACGCGCGGCACGGCGGAGCCAUCGAGAGUUUCAUCGGCCAGCGGCUGCCUGCCGACCAGCAGGCGGCGAUUGCGCAGUUUAUUCGCUGACGGAAGAGGGAGACCUGCAAUCGGGCGGCUGCAGAUGUUACUACACAAAACGGGGCGAGCGCAUCCCAUCCCAUGCAGUGCAGGGGGACAAGUGUGGGAUACCCCGCAAGGGGCACACGGCGGCAGGGUUCCUGGAAUAUAGGCAGGGACAAGGGACGGUGAACAUGGAAGAUACCACUUGCGAGAACGAACUCGUAUGCGGCCCCGGAGAGAAUUACAGGGCACGUCUAUCAAAAGCCCAGCUUCCUGGCCGGGGGGGCACGUAACGUGGAAACAACGCGUCGGGAACGAUAGUAGUUGACGCAUCGGCCACACACAAUGUCAAAUUACGAUCAGCCAAAUCCUGCCUCGUUGUCCCGUUGCCAUCGCGGGACCGGGCGAUGCACCCGGUUGACGUCCGUGGGAGUCUUGACGGUAAUGCCCGCAGCAAGUGACUAGUAGUUGAUACCAUAUUGGUUUCAGUCGCGCCCGGCAGGCAGAUAGACGCCCCUCGAGCGUCAUGCGUACUGAUCGAAGGCGUGAGCGUCGUCCCUCCCUCUGUCCGUUCACCCAACCAUCCGUCAUAACAUGUAUGGGGACGUCGACUAAUUGCCCAACACACACUCCAUCUCUCAAGGAGACGCCCGACACGUCCACACGCGCGACAGUCAGUCAGUUGGCCCGCUCCUCUGCGCCCCUCCCCAAGUCUAGUAGUAAUAACAAGGAGUCUCCGGCAGACCGGACCGUCUGUAUUCGGGGCUCUAGAAGGUUGAGCUGCAUGCGUCUAGAUGGGUAGCUUAUACAUGUACAAGAAAAGAAGGC